ACGUGGCGCCCGUGAGCCAUCGAGCCCCCACGCAAUGGUGAGACUCAGGAUUUAUAGACCUUGAAGAGGACCCUGGGUCCUACCUGGGGAAAGCAUCCCUGGAUGCAGCAGGGUCUCCCCAGAGGCGGGGGAGGGGUCUUCUCCCCGCCCCUCCCUCGCCCCGCCCCGCCCCUGCACCGAGCGCCCAGGGCUCCUAGCCUCGGGUUUCCCUAGCCAGCGCGCGCGGGCGAGACAGAGGUGGCUGUAGGGGCGGCGGGGGCCGGGCACCCGCAGCCGCCUCCGUCUCCCUCCCCACGCUAACUCUCCCGGCGCCCUCGCCCGCCGCGGGCGGAGCUCGAUCAGCGUCGCUCCAGGAUCCGCCGCUCCCGCCCUUCCCUGUCCCUUCCUUCUCCGAGCCCCCCAGCGGCCGACGCGGUGCAGCCCGGCGCGGCGCGAGCAGCUGCCAAGGGGCCAAGGGAUGAGCUGGGGACAUUCUUUCCAAUGGCAUCUCCCCCUGGUCUGGAACUGAAGACACUGAGCAAUGGUCCCCAGGUUCCAAGGAGACCAGCCCCGCAGGGCCCAGUGGCACCACCCAGGAUGGGUGUGGAGAACGCCUGCUUCUUCUCUGAGGAGCAGGAGACUCAUUUCCAGAACCCUGGGGAUGCCAGACUGGGUAACUCCCCCAGUCCCCCUGGAGGUGUCCCUUCACUGUCCCGGUCCCAGCGGGAUGAUCUUUCUUUGCAUUCAGAGGAGGGACCAGGCCUGGAACCUGUGAGCCGCCCAGUGGACUAUGGCUUUGUUUCUGCUCUGGUUUUCUUGGUGAGCGGAAUCCUCCUGGUGGUGACAGCAUACGCCAUCCCCCGAGAGGCCAGAGUCAAUCCUGACACAGUGACAGCAAGGGAGAUGGAACGCCUAGAGAUGUACUACGCCCGCCUGGGCUCACAUCUGGACAAAUGCAUCAUUGCGGGCCUCGGGCUGCUCACAGUGGGUGGCAUGCUCCUGUCUGUGCUGCUCAUGGUCUCUCUGUGCAAGGGUGAGCUGUACCGCAGGCAGACCUUUGUCCCUGGCAGGGGAUCCAGAAAGACCUACGGCUCCAUCAACCUGCGUAUGAGGCAGCUCACUGGGGACGGAGGCCAGGUCCUAGUAGAGAACGAGGUUGUCCAAGUCUCAGAGACCGGCUAUACCACCCAGGGCUCUUAAAGGAAGAGUCCACCCUAUUUUGCUGCUUUAGCUGCAGAGCUUGGAGGUUCCCAGAACCUGGGGCUUCAAAGUGACAUCCACAGAGGGCGCUGUGGAGGGAGUUUUGGUGCUGGGGUGGGGGCAGCCUGGGGCCUGGCUUAGGUGUCACUCAGGCAAACACUGCUGAUGUGUUGGCAGCUUGAAGUUUUUGCAUAAGGCUUUGUUUGAGGAUGGCUUCUGCUGCUAAAAAUACAUUUUGGAAACCACUGUUCUUAGAA